GGGGAUGUAUUAUCCCUUUAAACCUUAUACAAUCAGCCAUCAAAAGCACAGUACUGCCCUGAGGAAAGAAUGGAGUCACUCCCUGCGGUGUCUGGGCCAGUAACUCAGCCCAGAUGUGCUUCCUUUCUAUCCAUUUCACCUUUUUCAUGUGUUGUUUGAUAAAAGCCUCUUGAUGAUGUAUAAAACAUUUGGACUUCCAGGAAUUAAACCACAAACCACAAAGAGAAGCAGUAAGAGUGUCCUGACCUUCCAAAGGGCAGUCACAGUUUGUUGGAACAGGAAGGAAUGUAGGAAGUGUACAAGAAGAGUCUCCAGGAAAGCACAGUUUUUAAAAGUUUUUUUUAAACUGUCAAGUCAAAAUGAAAGUGCAACGGACUUCCACAUGAGGGUGUGGUGUUCGAAGACAAAAUGCAAUGUGUCAGAGCAAUUCAGAUCACUUCACUGAGGCACAUCUCAAUUGCAGUACCUGCUACUCAUCUGCUGACAAAAGCUUUGCCACGGUCUGAGGUAUGAAUAACUCAACAGAUUACUGGAUUGAGGAUGAGGAGGAUGAUCUCAACCCUCUUAUAGAUUACAAUACCUAUGAGCUUCUCUGCGAAAAAAGUGAUGUGAGAAACUUCAGAAAAUUAUUCCUGCCAGUGUUCUAUGCACUGGCUUUCACAGUUGGAGUGGCUGGAAACUCAUUAGUGGUUGCAAUUUAUGCCUACUGCAAGAAACCCAAGACCAAGACAGACGUGUACAUCAUGCACCUCGCCAUCGCUGAUCUGCUCCUGCUCUUCACCCUCCCUUUCUGGGCUGCAAAUGCAGUGCAGGGAUGGGAACUUGGAAACCCAAUGUGCAAGCUCACUUCUUCUCUGUACACCAUGAAUUUCAGCUCCAGCAUGCUGUUCCUGGCCUGUAUCAGUGUGGAUAGGUACAGGGCCACUUCUGAAUCCCAGGGCCAUAGAAGAGUGGGCAAACACUGCAGUGUUACCUGCCUCUGUGUCUGGCUGGCUGCCACUUUCCUCAGUAUCCCAGAGCUGAUAUUUAAUCAAGUCAAGAAACACAAUGAGAGGAACGAAUGCCUUCCCAUAUUUCCAACGAACAUGGAAACACUCUUAAAAUCCGCCAUUCAAAUCCUGGAAAUUAUCCUGGAAUUCCUGCUUCCUUUCCUCGUAAUGCUAAUCUGCUAUUCUGCUACUGCUCGAGCAAUCUUUAGGUCUCCAAAUGUUAAGAAGUCCAGGCCUUUCAAGGUUCUGCUGGCAGUAGUGGCUACUUUCAUUGUCACCCAGCUACCGUACAACAUUGUGAAGCUGUGGCGAGCCAUAGACAUCAUCUACAUGUUGGUUACGGACUGCCAGGCCAGUAAAACCAUGGAUGUGGCGCUCCAGGUCACCAAGAGCAUCGCUCUGUUCCACGCCUGCCUCAACCCUCUCCUCUACGCCUUCCUGGGUGCCUCUUUCAAAAUGCACAUCAUGAAAAUCGCAAAAAAUUAUGGGUACAGGAGAAGACAGCAGCAGAAUGGAAGACCUGAAGAAAUUUCUAUGAAUUAUGAAGACCCUACUGAAGAAACAAUCAGUUUCACUAUAUAGGCCCUCUAUUGCUUCCAUCAUCUUACAUAACCAAGGGAAUUGUUUACUAACUCCAGGGGGUAUUGCUUCUACAGCUGUUUCCCUGCAAGACAGCUUUCAGAAGAAUUUCUGAACCUGCCAAGACACCACAAAGCGCCACAAAGUGGAACGUGUUUGUUGGAAUCAAGGAAGAACUGAAUACUGAAAUCCCUAGAAACAACCCGAGAUAUUUACUAAACAACAACAUCAAAGAACUCAAACACAAAAAAAGAAGCACAACAAACCCCAAACACCUGAAAAUACCCCCAAGAUUUAAAUUUCCAGGUGUCACAGUACUAGGCAUAUAAGCAACUAUGUAACAAACAACCUGUACACAUCUAAGCAUGUGAUUAAAACAGAGAAAAAAAUCAUCACCGGUCAAACAACAGGAACCUUUGUACCAAAAGUUAAUAAUCGUGUGUUUCUCCAAAUAUUUUAUAAAACUUUAGAACCUUUGCCUAAGAGUUUAGCUCCAUUUCUCAACUCAACUAUCGUUCCAUAGAUAACCUUGCAGUAUGAAGUAUAAGCUUAUGGCUGAGAACUGAGAGGGAGAAAGAGUGGGGGGAAAGCCAUUUUCUAUGGGUUUCUAUAAAGGUAUAGCAGCAACAACAUCCUCCACAAAAACAGCCCAACAACUCCUUUUCUGUAACUACAGAAAAAAUGAACUUUAAUCUCUUCGUUUCUGCUCACCUUAAACUUCAACAAGACCAGUGCUUAAAGGGUAGCUGGCAUACUCUAGAUUUUUAUAAAUGUAAUAAAAAGUUCAGGUAAUCUUCAGAUACAAGGUCUGGAUUUUUUUAUAUAGAAUUGUUAAAAGUAAUCAAGCACUGCAAUAACUGCAUCUGCUAAAAUAUAUGAAGAUAUAAUAAAAUCAAAGAAUAGAAAAAGUGCACUGGCUUUUGUUUUUUCUUAUCUUUAUUUUUGUUUUGUUUUAGUAAGUACUGGCAUCUCUCAUCAUAGGCAUUUACCAACCAGCAAAUGGGAGAAGCCUUGCUUGACAAAAGAGAGAGAUUCCCAUUCCAUAUGGAGCUCAUGGAUUUACAAUUUUUACACAGAGAGGUACCAAGGCCAUCCCCUGCCACAGUGUUGGCAGGGAUUCCCGGAAAACAGAAGUUUUCCAGAAGUCACUGGAAGCAUAUCAAAUGCACUGACAUGCUAGCUUAGCUUUCAAAAUGAAGAAGUGGUGUUACAGCAUUCUGUCCUUGUCUUCAAACAUCCUGUGGGCUCUGACAAAAUGUCUCAUCUACAGAUUAGGAAAGGCAACAAGAAUCUCUCCUUUUUAGAGACUGUUCCUAGUUACACAAUUAUGGACUGGAACAAAAAGCUCUAAAAUGACACACAAGAAACAACAGUAGCAUAAACAAGACAUAAGCCUCUUCUCCCUGUUUGGAUGACAAAAGCUUACAGAAUGUCUGCCCAGAAUGUUUUGAGAAAUACUAGGGUGUGAACAGAUAAGUCAGAAGUGCCUGACUGGUUUUCUACACGUACACCAUAAAUCUGACCUGGAUUUACCUGCUAUACUGGAAUUACUGUACACAUGCAGAGCACGAUAAGAAACCCCACUUCUUCCAUAAAGUAACUGACUCCUUGCAUGUGUGAUUUAUGACUUGUCUUCACAAAUACAGAGUGACAUUCUGACCAGACUGCCAGUCCUCUGGAAUUCCCACACAUCCAAGGUUUUAAUGUCCCAGAAGUUAAAAAACCCCAACCAAAGCCAAAACCAACAACAACAAAAAAUACCUUCCCAUCCAGGCAGAAAGAGAGACUAAUACAGAGCUGAAUGAACAUGUUUCUCAAACUUCUUGGAAUUGCAGUGCCUUUAACGCAUCUGUUUUUAUGUAAAUCUGAUUGCCCUAAUUGUAUGUAUUAGAAAUAAGACUAACUGUUUCAUGCUG